ACCGGAAGUAGGAACUAGUGACCCGGAAGCGCUAAAACAAGUCGUUUCCCAAGCUUCCCCCACAGGAACAUUUUCGUUCAGACUGCUAAAUAACAGGAUGGGAUGAGAUGAGGAGAACUUAGCAGUGCAGCCGUUCCUUACCAUCCGUCCAUGGAGGAUGUAGUUCUGCACUACCAGCCUCGAUCAGCAGGAGGCCUUAAUUCUCUUUUAGAGAGGACGGAGAAGCUCCUGAAGCCCUUUCCCUGUCGGACUCCUCCGGUCUUCACACCCUGGUACCCCUCCGUCGCCACAGACCGCCGGCUGCCUAUCAGACCAGCCAGACCAGCUCCCAUCAUCAUCAGCACCUCAGAUGAUCCUCCUGUCUCUGUCAACAAGGAGUGCAGUACCACUAUAGUACCAGCAUCCUCACCGAGUCAACUAAAAAAAACAGAAAAUACGUACAAAUUCGCAGGUAAAGGACACCAUAAAGAUCUAGAUUCGGAUAAUCCAGGGUGUCCUUUUAUGAAAACACAAAGAAGAGAAGCCCCCAGCCGUGUCGUACAUUCCCCGAACCACCACGAACCAGAGACGCGAGUCGUCAGACUGUCGCCUAAGAAAACGACACACAGAAACAAGGAGCGCGACGGUGUCACGGCCAAACGCUCCUGGAGUUUGUUCACGCGGAGUUCACGCGGAGUUGCUCUUCACGCCUUCACGUCACAUUCCCAACAAUUCCGUAACGUCGUGUCGGUCCACAGACUCAACCUCCGCCAGAGAGCGAAAUGGAUCAUCGGCGAACGCAACUGUGGAGCUGGUCGGGACAUCGAACAGGUGUGGCGGACUCUGAGCCGGUCUGCCCACAGCGGACAGCUUCCAACAUGCAACGCCAACAUCCAAAGGGAUCGGGCGGAGAUCUGGGUGUUCUGCGACGUUCUCUGCUCCGAGCAGGUCGGACAUUUUCUGAAAGACGAGCUGCAGCUUUCUGGGAAUAUUGUCCUGUCGGUUCCCAGGAAAGGAAACGUCUUCAGCGUUUAGAAGAACGUAAAUAGUUUUAAAAGGACAACUCAGGUUUUAAAAUACACGUUUACAGCUUUGACGAAAUUAUUUGAAUUAUGAGUUUUUUAUCUGUGUUAAGUCGAACAAAACGAUGGAUUUGUGAAUUGUUCUUUUCUGGUGUUGACUCUGCUGUGACCGAAGUCUGAAUUAACAAAUUAUUUAUUAUCAGAGUUUUUAAUUUCUUAAUUAAAGGCCUAUUUUUUUUAAAAAAAGGAACGUGAAAAAUGCAAAAUGUCAUUCAAAAAUUAUAGACAUUGUUACAAUGUUUUUUAAUUGCAAAUCCAUUUAAAUUAUGUUUUUAAAAUCCAAGUAUCAGAAGACGGAUACAUCGCAAAAAAUUUUGUUUCAUUGUUCAUGUGACAUCAAGGAUUGUAUGCAGUACCACGGUACUCCACACACACAUUUUCUUUCUUAAAUUUAUUUUUAUUUAUUUAUUUUUUUGGUGACAAAUGCACUGAUAUUGUACAAAGGUUGACUUAUCAAUGAAAGACCAAGAAAUUGUAUAAGUAUAACUGGCUGUUGUCAACGUCCUUUUUUUUACACAAUAAAUAAAGAUGUUAAUGUAUGAACACAAUGGUGUUGGUUUG